GUCGGACUUAAUAUUUGUAUAGAUAUAUAUAUAGAGAGUAAUAUGGCAGCAUCAAAGAAGACUAUUAUAUUGUAUGGUGACAUGAUGUCACAGCCAUGUCGUGCAGUGUCAUGGGUUCUCACCUUUGGUGGCAUCGAGCACAAGAUGCAGUUGACAAGGAUUAUGAAUGCCGAUCACAGGACACCAGAGUACAAGAAGAUCAACCCAUUCUGCAAGAUACCAACAUUGCAAGUUGAUGAUCAAUAUGUUUGGGAGUCACAUGCACAGAUGCGUCUGUUGUGUGAUCUUUAUAAACAGCAACAGUUGUAUCCUGUUGAGCCAAUGACUAGGGUCAAGGUUGACAGCUACUUGGAUUGGCAUCAUCAUAACAUUAGAUCGCCAUUGUUUGAGUACUUCAAGGUCAAGUUCCUCAAGGUUGGCAAUGCCGAGAAGCUGCCACAGCUUGAGGAGGACGUGUCCAAGGCACUGUACCUGUUCCAAAAGUACUGGCUUAGCGAGGAUCGCAAGUUCAUCACUGGUGACACGGCCACCAUCGCCGACAUCUCUUGCUUCUGCGAGAUCACCCAGCUGUGGCUAGUCAAGUUUGACCUUUCCAAGUUUCCACUUAUCAAGCGAUGGAUGAUGGACAUGGAGCAAGUCAAAGGAUUCAAAGAAUCACAUGCCAUCAUCUACAGA